GGGCCCAAUGGUGGUACAGGACCUUUUCAAACGAUGGAUCGAGUCAGAAAAACUGCAAAAGCGGUAAGAUAUGAAGGUUUCACAGGCGGAAUUCAAAAAUCCGAUUUCUGCAAUACGCCCUUUCGAUAAUUACGUCACAACUGCACUGUUUUCAACUUAGGACCAUCUUAAAUGGAAAGGAUUUCAAUUUUUUUCUCAUGGGCUAAGCACAGAGAAGCAGAACAUCCUUCUUCAACACAUGCAUGAAAAAUAAUUUUUUAUUUUGACCAAUAAUUGUGGAAAUAAGCAUUAACACGAAAACGAGGCUCCAAGUCAUGACAUGAAUAAAGGAUGACCAUUACUGGACUUGUAGGGUGAACAGUUUAGAACUGAUAGAACUAUCAGAAACGACCAUUACCGGACUUCUAGGAUGACCAUUACUGGGCGUCUAGGGUGAAGAGUUUAGAACUGAUAGAACUAUAUAAUGAUACAUAUAGUAUAAUAAAGGAUGACCAUUACUGGACGUCUAGGGUGAAGAGUUUUAUUUUAUUGGAAACCCUUAAUUGAUCAUUGGGAAAAAAAUAGUUUAGUAUUCAUGUACAAAGCGAAGAGAAAUGAAUUACCAGAGAAUUUGAUGAACCUGUUUGAAAUUAAAAAUAACAUUAAUUAUAAUUUACGUAGCAACGGAAAUGAGUUUACUCUACAAAAGCCUAAAACAAAUUUUAUGAAAAAAAGCAUUAGCUAUAAUGGUGCUAAAACAUGGAACAAUUUACCGAGAUGUGUAAAAACAAGUGAUGCCACAAUUAGGCAAUUUAAGGCUGCGCUUGAUCGUAUUAAACAUUAAAUGUAAAUGUAACUAAGGCCAGUCAGUUUUGCAUGGUUUUAUAUCUUUUAUAACUAGUAAUAGGUGUUUAGUUAACGUGUGAUAUCUUUAUAACUUUAACAUUAUGUAAUUAUUAUGUAUUGCUUCCAUUUGUAAAUAUAAAUUAGUAUAGUGUGAACGGCUCCUUGGAAAUCAAUAACGUAGGUGUGUUGAAGGAUAACCGUUGUAAAAUAAGAUUUUUAAUAAUAAUAAUAAUUAAUAGAACUAUAGAAUGAUACAUAUAGUAUAAUAAAGGAUGACCAUUACUGGACGUCUAGGGUGAAGAGUUUAGAACUGAUAGAACUGUAGAAUGAUACAUAUAGUAUAAUAAAGGAUGACCAUUACUGGACGUCUAGGGUGAAUCUUAAAUUCCCUUCCAGUGACGUCGUUAUUUACAUAUCAAACAAAGUGACAAAUUUAAAUAUCUUGAAAACGAUACAGAUGUUGACGCACUAAAAUUUUGUUGCCGAUGUCUUUUAAACAGUUGAGUUAAUGUUUAACCCUUGAGUUCCUCUUUGUAGGUUAUUUUACAUAUUGUCAAUCAUCUCAAUCAUUUUCCUCUUGCUGCGGGAGCAGCACGAUUGACAAGCAUCGUGAAUGAGAAUCAAGACAAUCCUUACUGCACUGAACAACAGGAACUAACGGCCGCUGUUUUCUCUUCUCCUAAUGUUCAAGUGAGUUAUCACUGUACUUGUGGGGUCAACUACAAUCUUUGUGAAAACUGUUGAGACUAUCGCACGAACUAUAUGUAAAGUCAAUCUGCACUAAAAAGUUUAUGAUCUGAAUUUAUGGUGUCACUAGAGGAAACUCUUCAAAUGGGUAUAGUUUGUAAAAAAAAAUAUGAAAAAAAUGUUUUAAGGUUGUAGCCCAAUUUGUAUGAUUGUGCUCCGUGCCUCCAUAGUAUUUUCACUGUUAUUAUUUUUUCCAGUUUUUUGUAGUGAAUGAUACGUCGUUAAUUUCCAUGGUUGAGUUGCCCGUUAAUGUAAGUGGAACAUCAUUGCGGAACAAAAAACUGUUCUUACUUUAUAUUGUAUGAAAACUUUGUUUAUUAUACAAUAUGUACAAAUGCGUCGUAGAGUUCAUGUAGUUGUACUAAAUUAUCAAUUUUAUACAACCUUAUUUUUUCCCGUUUCAGAAUGAUUCACCCAAAGAUGAGAACUUACUAAGUGGAAACACCACAGUACGACUUGUUGUUCGAGAUAUGUGUGGAAAACAUUGCUUGGACAUUUCAACUUUGUUUGGACCUAAACUUACUUCCGAAAUGUCUUUCCCAGGUACGUACCAUAUAUAUAUAUACCUACUUGACUGUUUAUGUCUGUUGCCAACCGAUCCAAAUUUUUGGUCAGCUUACAUGCCUAGCCACCUCUGUUCUGUACAGUAAUAGCGUAAAAUUGGGAUGGAACAAAGGUAGCAUGUCAUUUAAAUUAGAUGUAUAUGGGUGAAUUGGAUGAGAAAGGACAGAGACACAGACGGUCACUUUAGUACCGGUCAAGCGAAGACGAGAGUUGGAAGUCAUAAAUCGUUACUGGAAACAUUUCAAGCUCUAGCAAGCAUUUUAGGCGCUUUCCAUUAACACGGCGAGACCUGUCAGAACUGUCACAUUGUUGAAUGGAAUACAACACAUCUGAACUUUGGGCAAAUCUAAUCCGAAAAUUUGGAUCAAUUUUGACGGAGAUUCAUUUUCGUCAGAUUUUCGAGAAUGCCUGAACCAGAUCUGUCCAUUAAUACGGAGAUAGAAAAUCUGGUCUGACCAGUCUGGCCAUUGAGUUCCAACUACGUUUUAACUUAAAUAGAAUGCAUGAUGGUGUUGGGAAAGCAUUAAGAACAGCUAACGAUGAUCGUGUGACUGCCAACUCUCAUACUUCUCAUGCACUCUCACCUUCUUUUGAUUCGGGCUUUAAGUCUAUAUUGUAAUCAUUGUUGUGUUAGAAAGCCGUGGGUUUGAUUCCCAUCACGGUCAAGCUAUUUUUGAGCUUUCCUGGUGUGGAGUCACCCCAAGUAAAGACUGGUUUGCACUAUCAAAAUUCCUGUGACCACAGUAGGAAUUUUGUACAGGUAAAUUCUAGGUUUUGAAGGAUUUGUGAGAAGUGUUUGAGAGAACUAACUCUGUCUUAAACACUGAAUCAGUUCCGUCGUCAAACAUUUCUUACAAAUCCUUCGAAACUUUGAUAUAGUGUAAAACAGCCUUAACAUGAUCUAGAAAAAGUUCUCUAUAGCAUUUUUGGCUACUAAUUUAUAUAGAUCAUAUAUGUUUUUGAAAUUCCAGGUGUUUUAAAAAGUUUAUUUAGUCAGGAAGAAUUGAAUGAAAUAUUGGACAGUGGUGAAAGCAGGACACUUCGUCGACAAUCCACAGCAUGUUUUCAGCCCGAUAAACUAGACCAGGUAAUGUCAACAGAUAGAGCUUAUGAGGUAUAUUGGUAAAACAGCGGUACUUUAGGGUAGCCAGAAAAAAAGGAUAUAUUUUGUUAGGUCAUAGUGCAUGUGUAUUUCAUCUCUGUGACUGCGGUUUGAUUCCUGCAAUAUGCAGUUGUCUCAUUGAAAUUUCGUCUCGGUUACAUGUGAGAGGAAUACUUACAAUAUUUUUUAUGUUACUCUGAGUGUAUAUGCAGACUGGGCAGGCUGAAAAGUUAGCGUGACCACGGUGGGAAUCGAACCCGCGACAUGUGGGAUACUAGUCCAAUGCUCUGCCAACUGAGCUACGAGGCCAAGUCUGUUCGAGUGUGUGGUAUUUCGGAACUAAGUACCUUCGAUACCAAUGUGUUCUGUGAUCAUAAUAUUUUUUGUGUGUUUUCAGUUCGAUUCCUACAAUUUUUCGCAACUGUUCCUGUUAGGUCUAAAAUUUACACUCGUAAUAUCCAUCCACAAAUAUACUUCUUAUUAACCGAACGCGAGGUCUGUACAGAGAGAUAUCGGACCGAGGUCCUUUUUGUACAGACCGAGCCCGUAGGGCGAGGUUUUAUUCAAGCGAGGUUAAUAAAAAGUUUAUUAUAUGGCAUUUAUAUAGGCAUUUAUGCUUGAAACAAACAAGAAAUGCAUGAUUUGAAAUGCAUAUUAGUAGCGUGGUACACAUUUGGUGGAAGAAAACAAAAAAUACCAACGUAUUCCUUCUUUUCCACUAAAAACCAUUCGCAGAUAUCUUAUUAAUAACAAAUUAAAUUCUAAUUUUCAAAUUUUCAAUUGGUUUUGCUGUUUUGUUUUAAAAUACAUGCGUUUGUUUUCACGUAAUGGACCGCCGGUCCAUCACGGGGAAAUAAUGGACCGCUGAAAGUGCUUCUCAGCCAAUCACAGUCCGCCGUUUCACCGGAAGUGAUGCUUGCCAUAUAAUAAACUCCCUUAAUUCUAUCCCCUUUGUAGCUUAAUUAUGUUUUGUAUUGUUUAAAAUAUAUUCAAUUAUAUUUCAUGAAUGUUCUAUUUGAUUUGUAGAUUCUGAAAGACAUUGGCUCAACCAGUCCAGAGUGCUUAUUCUACCCUCAUUUAUCCCUGAAUGAGCCCGCACUUCCCCCAUAUCCCAUGAACGAAGAAAUGGAGCAGUCGUUGAUUGAAGCAAUUCAAAUUCAAAGGGAGCGAGAAGAACAGUUUUGUGACAAUGCUCUUGACGACCCAAGGUUUGAUUGAUGGUCAAUGGCCAUAUUAUAUAAUAGUCCUUAAGGCCUGUUUACAUUUGCAAUUUUUGCUGCGAUUUGUAGUGCGAUUUUCUCCUUCUGAUGGAUGUGAACGAGUAGAUGAGUCACGAAUGUUCGGAGUACAUGUACCCUCAUCUGAACAUUCA